GGCGUCACUUUAUCUUGUGCGCGUCACUGUCGUGGUUGCAAAGCUCGAACGUCGGGAAAAUCUCCGACUGCACGCGGGAGAUUGGAGGAUGUCGGUGGCAAGCGCCGCCGUGAAGUUUAACGUGUGAUGGAAAACUUUUUGUUCGCGCGUUGGAUGAAUCACACCUACUCGGCCUGUGCUGUCACCGUACACCUGAUGACCGAUUUCGGUUCUGGAGCGCCGCCCAAAACCGCAGUCCCGUGACUUUCUGAAGAGCUGCCAAUGGUUCUCCUCUGCCUGAGAACAGAGCGACGGGACGCACUGGUGAAAAUAUGCAGGAGCCACAAAGUGUCGACAGUGCCUCUGUGCCAUCAGAUGCUGGACAGAACGCAGAAACACAGCAACUACACACAACCGGUGACUCAUCUAAUGUUCCGGGUACACCAGAGGGAAUCACCGUACCGCCGCCAAAUGCCUCAGACAUUUCAACCGCAGCCAAGGGACCAGCAGAUGGCAGCCAAAAUGAGGCAACGUCAUCUCCACUUCAGCCCAAAGAUCAAGCACAAGCUGAGGUUAGCAAAGCAGAGCAAGUUUCAGUGAACGCACCAGAAAGCAUACCAAGCACAAAUGAAAUGAGUUCGGGGCAGGCACCUGACCCAAAUAUUAUGCAUUCAGUUUCCCAGCAGCAAGAGCCUACGGAUGUGCAACCCAGAAGCCCUGGAGAUGUUGGCACAGAUACACCUCUUCCAGCAAAAGCGCGGCGUUCCACGGACGACAUCCAUGUUGUUGUUGACAUGGAGAAUCAACAUACUGGCCCAAGUCAGUCGGGAACGUUAGAGCGUAGUGCGUCCGAUCCCGAAAUCUGCAGUUCUUCAAAUGCAGUGAAGGGCAUCGAUCUUGACGCCGUUUUUUCAAAGUCGCUCGAAUGCGUUGCCGUGCCUGCAGCGCAACGUGCUAUAGAUAAUGACAUUUCGAAACGGCCUCAUCAUCAUCGUGAAACCAUGAUGCGGUCUCGGACACUGUCGGUCGUGUCUCUGCUGUCCAGUCGCGGAACGGCAAAGUUUCGUCUCUCGAGAACCCAAAAACUCACUCUGUUCUGUCUUUGUUUAGUCAACUUUACCAGCUACAUCAGUUAUUCUGUGAUUGCGCCAUUCUACCCACAAGAGGCAACUUUCAAGGGAAUGCGAGAAGCUGUCUCUGGAUUUGUCUUCAGCGUUUAUGCAUUGACGAUGAUGAUAUUUGCACCUAUUUUUGGAAAACUGGUUCCCAUCUUAGGGGCAAAAUUAAUAUUCUUCACUGGCAUUUUAUGUGCUGGAGGAGCAAAUAUCAUGUUUGGUGUGCUUGACUUGGCUGAUGACACACUCGUCUUCACCACGCUGUCAUUUCUUAUCCGAAUCCUAGAAGCAAUUGGUGCUGCGGCUUUCUCCACGGCAUCAUACUCAAUAGUCCUUCACGUGUACCCUGACCAUAUCAGUACUGUCUUUGGUAUUAUCGAAACAUCGGUUGGUGUCGGAAUGAGUAUUGGCCCUGCGCUAGGUGGAGCUCUCUACAGUGUUGGUGGCUUUGGACUUCCAUUUUACAUACUGGGUAGCUGUGUCCUGUUAACGUUCCCGGUAUGCUGGUUUAUCAUGAAGGGUAUACAAGUGCAAGCGCUAGACACAAGAAAAGAGUCAUAUUUUACUCUCCUCAAAAUACCGCAAGUAAUGAUCGUUUCGUUAAUUUUGGUCGUCGGGUCUCAGUCGCAAGGUUUUGUUGAGCCAACGUUGGAGCCCCAUAUGCGACAGCAAUUUGAUGUGGACACCAGCAUUGUUGGCAGCUUUUUUCUAGUGAUGUCAGCCAUUUUCUCCAUAUGCUCUCCUCUUGUCGGUUUCAUCUGUAUGAAGACAGAACAACGGAUCCCAAUUAUGAUUAUUGGUUUGAUCAUAAUGGCUGGGGCACAGAUGUUCAUGGGGCCGGCACCCUUUUUGGGCAUACCCAGCAACCUCUGGGCCACUCUGGCCACAGUUGCAGUCCUUGGGGCCUCUUUUGCCUUUGCCUAUGUACCCACGAUGGAAAGCAUGAUUCGAGCUGCAACUUCUGGUGGCAUGGAAGAGGACAUUGGAACAUAUGCCCUCGUGUCUGGCUGGUGGAACUCCAUGUAUUCCUUGGGUGAAGUGAUCGGGCCAUCAGCAGGGGGUGUCCUGUUGGACUUGAUUGGCUUCCCUUGGGCCAGCACAGUUGUGGCAGGAGGAUCUCUGCUGACUGCCUUUGUAGCAACCCUUUACUGGUGUUGCGCGUCUCGAACUGAACCCGAGUCCUUCUGGCACAAGGGCCAAACUUCAUCAAACAGCAGUACUGAAGACAGCAGCAGUGUCGUUUCUGAACCACUCGGAGAGACAACAGCACUUCUUGGGAAACAGAAGAAAGAUUUGCACUACAACUCUCUGUAGCCUUUUGCAACAUACAAUUUAGCUAGAAGAGCACAAUGAACAAGGUUAGAUGACUUUGUAUCACAGUAGGUUUCUAUGAACAAAAUGUCACGCUAAUAAGGGAGAUACGCAAGCAGGAAUGCUUUUUCUUUUCAAUUAGAGCACUGCCUUGUUGACACUUGACUUUCACAUGCUGAGGCUGAAUUUUAGAGCGCAUUUUGUUUAAUACCAUGUUUGGAUGCAGUACCUGAUUGUUUUCUUCAAAACAGGUGAGCCAUACACAUCCAUGGUGCUACUAGAACGCUUUAUGAGGAAGUAAUGGUGGUAAUUUGGUAAUUUCUAUCCUGAAAGCAAAAUGCCACAAAGAAGACAUGCUGUAACUGGGGCUAGUCCUGUGCCUUGUACUACAACAAUGCACUGUAAGGAAACUAAGAAAUCGGAGCAGAUGCAGCAAGGAGCACC